AUGGUACAUCAUCACUGGCACCCGCAGCCGUGGCUAAAUCGUGAACGUCUCCCGGGGGCGGCAAUCACGGGUACAUCACAUCGAACUAUAUUAAAAAUAUACUACGAUGGUACAUCAUCACCGGCACCCGCGGCCGUGGCAAAACCACUUAUGAGACACCAUUUGUUUGGAGAGAAUCUGGUCUGGUGCAUACUGUUUCAGACUUAUGAGACACCAUAUGUCUGGACAGCAUCUGGUCUGGUGGAUACAGUUCCAGAUAUAUGUCCAGGUGGCUCAGAGCUUCAGCCCAAUGACAUUGACAGUGGGAAGUACGACAACAUAGACCAUGAGGACCCUCACCUGUGUGCUAGGAGGUGCAAGCUGGGAGAACCUCCUCGUAUCUGCUACUACAAGUUUCAUCUGGAGCCCUACACUGUCCUGGGCGGGGCUUGUGGCAGUUGCCCCUCUGUCAAAGCAGACUGUUUCAAGCCACAGUGUGUGACUGCUGAUGGCUUUGAGAGAGCAAUCCUUACUGUUAACAGGAGACUACCAGCGCCUUCUAUACAGGUGUGUCAAGGAGACACAAUCAUCGCAGAUGUGAUCAACCUGAUGCCAGGAAGCAGCACCAGCAUCCACUGGCACGGCAUCAGGCAGAGAGACACCCCGUGGAUGGACGGAGUGCCGAUGGUCACACAGUGUCCUAUACUGGAGGGUCAGACCUACAGGUACCGCUACCUGGCUGACCAUCCUGGCACCUACUUCUGGCACUCUCAUGAUGGACUUCAGAAAGCAGACGGGAUAGUGGGCAGUUUGGUAAUCCGUCAGCCUGAUGAGGACAACCCUGUGAGGGAUCUGUAUGACUUUGACCUUCCGUCCCACACAGUCAUUGUUCAGGACUGGAUGCACCCCAUGAGUGCGGAGGGCCUACCUGGACUCAUCAAGAAACUCACAGGACAGAACCCAGACUCCUACUUGAUCAAUGGGAGAGGAGUGUUUGUGAGAGGUCUCUAUGACUUGUAUGGCCCAGACAAGAGUCCUCUCUCAGAGUUCAAAGUGAAGCAUGGUCACAGAUAUCGCUUCCGUAUUGUCAGUGGAUCCUGUCUUGCUUGUCCGUUCCGCAUCACUAUACAGGAACACAAAUUGAAGGUAAUCAGUGUUGAUGACAUGCCCAUUGAACCUCGGGUUGUGGACUCCAUCGUCAUGUCAGCUGGUGAGAGGUACGAUGUGGUGAUAGAGACUACCCAGGUAGCUGCCUCCUACUGGAUCCUAGUGAGAGGGAUGGGUGGCUGUACAGCUGCGUCACAAGCUGCAGUGUUGCAAUACGAAGGAGCUCACACUUCCAAACCUACACUGCCUCACUGGGAUGCCCUGCUGGGCUUCAACACUGGCUACACAAUGAACCCUCGUAACUCCAAGUGUACAGAGCAUUCACUAGAGAAGGGAGUAUGUGUGAGUCAGCUGCAAGCCAAGGCCAGCACUCCAAAAGCAGUUCUACGCAGCAAGCCUGACAUUAGACUGACAAUGGCAUUUGGUUUCCACACCUACACGAUACAGGAACUGUUUGAGUCCAACACAUACCACAAAUAUUUCGUUCCAGUCCCGUUGUUUAAUCAGCACAUGGCUGCCCUUAUCAACAAUGUGUCCAACGUUGUGCCGCCCUCCCCUCUACUGACACAGAUAUCGGAUAUUCCACCAGAACUGUUCUGUUCUCCUGGAGGCUGCAAGGAAGAGAUCUGCGAGUGCCUCAAUCUGAUCAAAGUUCCCCUCGGGGCUGUUGUAGAAAUCAUCAUUGCUGACACUUCUGCCCCAAGUAUUGCCGGAAUCACCCAUCCGUUCCACAUCCACGGCCAUGACUUCUACAUCCUGGAGCAAGGAGUCUACUCUGAGCCUUAUCCCAAGGGACUGAAGAUCCUGCAGGAGAGACUCAAGGGUCCGAGGAAGAUCAGGGAUCAUCUUCCUGCCAAGGAUACUGUCACUGUUCCUGCCACAGGAUAUGCAGUUGUCAGAGUGCUUGCUGAUAAUCCAGGCUACUGGCUUUACCACUGCCACUUCUCAUACCACCUGACGGCUGGCAUGUCAGCCAUCAUCCAGGUAGGUGAGAGAUGGCAGAUGAAGAGGCCCCCGCUUGACUUGCCACGAUGUCAUCAGUACAAGAACUGGGGCGGACCUCUGCGUCAUGUUGAGGUGGGGGGCAACAGCAGUCUGACAGAUGUCCCAUUGAAAGGAGGCAGUAGUAGUGUUCCAACAAAAGGAGUUGAUGUUAUUGUCCCACCUAGGGAGGGUAAUAGUAAUCCCAAUGUAAAGGGAGGUACUAAUGGUAAUGCACCAAAAAAAGGAGCUAAUACUAAUGUCCCAACAAAGGGUAACAGUAAAGUUCCUUUAAAAGGAAGUAAUAGUAAUACCCCAGUAAAGGAAGGUAGUAGCGUUCCUUUGAAGGUAAGCAAUAGUAAUGUCCCGAGUAAGAAAGUCAGUAGUAAUGUCCCAGUAAAUGGAGUUAAUAGUAAAGUCCCCGUUAAGGGGGUUAACAGUAGUGUUACGGCAAUGUGAUAGGUUAUAAUACGGUACUUUGUUUGAUCAAUGUAAUGUUGCUGCACCUCUGGAAUAACCUUAAAUGGUUUAGAAUAUCAAAUUUACAAUAGUGCAUUUAUAGUUUUUAUAAAUAUUUCAACCAUUGUCAAUAUUAAAAACUACUGAAGCUCAUGUUUACUCCCACUGUACAGAUAAAACCGUUUUAACUUAUCAUUAUAAUGAAUUGUAUUUACUCUUGACACAUUUAGUU